AUGGCCCCCAAACUCACAGAAGACGAGAUCGAUGAUCUCAUUUACUUUUCCCGAGCCGGAGAGCAGGAGGACCUGACAGAGGGCAUCAAGAUCCUGGCCGAGCGAGAGAAUGCCAGCCCGGCUGAGAUUGUUGCGGCUGCUCAAGACGCCUCCAACAAGUCUACAUGCUUGCACAUGGCCACAGGAAACGGUCAUCUAGAAAUCGUCCGUCAGCUUAUCCAAUACUUCGAAAACCGACCAAAGGAGCAGAAGCAAGCAUUUCUGGAUGAGGCAAACGAAGCUGGAAACACCGGUCUUCACUGGGCCGCUCUAGGCGGUCACCUCGACGUCAUCAAGCUGCUCCUCGAGCAGGGUGCUUCUCCUGCGCUCGCAAAUGAGCAGAACUACGUUCCUUUAGACUUGGCCUAUUUCAACCACAAGAACGACGUGGCCGAGUACUUCUUGUCGACUGCCAAGAAGCUCGAGGACCAGAACCAAGAAGAAGGUGGCCUUGAAGCCGCUGUCGGUUCUGUUGAGAUUGAGGAUGAUGGUGAAAAGAGUGAGGAGAAGAAGGAGACUUCGUAG